AUGCAGCUGGCAAGCAGCCGGCUGGGGAGCGGGCUCGAUGCCACGCCCGCAUCCCGGCUAGCGGGCGGGUCUCUGGGCAGCAGCCGGCCCCUGCAGCGCCACUCCAGGCUGCACCGUGGCGCUGGCGGCAGGCGGCAGGUGGUGGCGACCGCCGCGUCUGACGAUGCCGCCGAGCAGCUGCGCCAGGAGAAUGAGCGCCUGCGCCAGGCACGCAGCCCUGCUGCGGCUCCAGGGGCCGUCUCCACGCUUGAGCAAACGGCGGUGCCGGUGCCGCCUCUUGCUGCUGCGCUGGGUGGCGACCCCGCCUGCCUGGUGCCCGCCCUGCAGGCCAUGGCGGCGCGGCUGAAUGCCCUGAGCCCCGAGAAGCGCACCGCGCUGAUUGAGCAGCACAACCGGCUGCGGGAUGCGGCCAAGGCGACGGGCGCUGAGCGCAUCAAGGCCCGUGCCGCGGCUGCCACAAAGGUGGCGGAGCCCGAGGCGGCCGCGCCUAGCAGCAGCAAGUGGGGGGAGGAGUCUGUGCGGCGCGGCAUGGGUGAGAAGGCGGCCGCCACUGGCAUGCAGCGCAACGGCGCCAGCAGCAGCCCAGCGGCAGCGGAGAAGCCUGCCCCCGCCGCCAGCAAGCCCGCCGCCGGCUCCCCGGCCACCCUCAGCUUUGGAGGCGGCGGCAGCAGCAGCGGCGGCGCCUCCGCGGCGGCAGCCACGACCGUCGUGGCCCCGCCCCCCAGCUCCGUGCAGCCGCCCAAGCCCGCCGCGGCGGCGCCUGCUCCCGCUGCCGCGGCGCCGCCCGCGCCUGCUGCAGCAGCGCCCGCGCCCGCGGCUGCGGCAGCGCAGCCCGCGGUCACCCCGGCGUUCCCCAAGGGACCCGCCGCUGCGGCCAAGCCGCCGCCGCCGCCGCCGCCGCCGCGCGACUUUUCCAAGGACAUUGCUGCCGCCAACAAGGAGGUUGACACGCAUGACCCCAAGGUGCUGGCCCAGGGUCGGGAGUCGUGGCUGUACUUCACGGUACCGGAGAAGCCGGUGGCGGGCGCACAGUGCGUCGUCUACUUCAACCGAUCCCAGAGCGAGCCGCUCAUGCACCAGGGCCGCCUGCAGAUGCACCCGAAGUACAACACGUGGGAGGUGGCGGCGCCGGAGGGUGACCGAGUCGACAUGCCUCACGAGGGGCGCAUCAACCGCGGGGAGGGCGUGGACUACUACUCCGCCCGCGUCACCAUCCCCGACAACGCCUUUGAGAUGAACUUUGUUUUCUCCAAUGGCGACGGCGUGUUUGACAACAACUCCAGCCAGAACUACCUGGUGCCGGUGACGGGGCCCAUGACCCGAGACAUGUGGAUCGACACCGCACCCGAGCGCGCGGAAGCUGCCUGGAAGCUGCAGAAGGAGGAGGAGGAGCGCAAGGCGGCGGAGGCGGCCGCUGCGGCGCUGGCCGCCAAGGAGGAGGCGGACCAGCGCAAGGCGGAGGAUGUGGUGGGGGAGCUGAAGCGCGAGUAUGCGGCGUGGCAGAAGGGGGCGGCCAAGCAGGAGCUGGGGCGCUGGCGCAUGCUGCCCGCGAUGGCCCAGCCCGGCAGCGUGGUGAAGCUGCAGUACAACCGGCUGGGCGGCCCGCUGGCCUCCUUUGACGUACCGCAGGACCAGAACCUGACGCUGAAGAUUGGCCACAACAACUGGAAGGCUCCCCAGGAUGUGAAGAUGGUUCGGUCGGCGGCGCCCGGCCCCGCCGCCACCGCCGCCACCAGCCUGGCCGCCACCAUCACGGGCGUGGACCUGGCUGAGGAGUGGUGGGAGGCGCUGUACAGCAUCCCCGACGACGCCGCCGCCCUCAACUUUGUGGUCACCUAUUUUGAGCACUACGACAACAACGAGAAGCGCGACUUUAAGGUGCUGGUUGACCUUCCCUCCAAGCACACGGUGGAGAGCUGGGCGGACAGCAUGCUGAGAGAUGUCAAGAACGCCAUCACCCGCAAGCGGCUGGAGGAGGAGGCGGCGGCGGCGGUGGUGGAGGCGGAGCGCAAGGCCAAGCGGCGCGCGGCGCAGGCCAAGGCGGAGGCGGUGCGGCGCAAGCAGCAGAAGCACGUGCUGUUCACGGUGCCGGAGGUCCCGCAGGCGGGCCAGGACGUGACCGUGUACUACAAUCCCAACAACGGCGGCCUGCCGGGGCGCCAGCACAUCUGGAUCAAGGGCGGGUGGAACCGGUGGCGGCACCCCAAGGCCUUUGGGCCGCUGGAGAUGGACCCACCCAAGGAGGGGGACCACCACUCGGUCACCGUCACCGUGCCCAAGGAUGCCUACUACCUCGACUUUGUCUUCACCGACGCCCCCGAACACGGCGAGUACGACUCCAACUACGGCCUAGACUUCCACGUGCGGGUGCAGGGCUCGGUGCUGAUGGAGCCACCGCUCCAUGUGGUGCACAUCGCCGUGGAGAUGGCACCCAUCUGCAAGGUUGGCGGCCUGGGCGAUGUGGUGACGUCCCUGGGGCGGGCGGUGCAGGACCAGGGGCACCAGGUGGAGGUCAUCCUGCCCAGGUACGACUUCUUCCAGCAGUCGCCGUUGCUUGGAGGCACUCAGUACGAGACGGAGUUUGACUGGGGCGGCACCAAGAUCUUUGUGUCCACCUGCAUUGUGGAGGGGCUGCGCUGCUUCUUCAUCGAGCCCCGCAACGGCAUGUUCUCUGGCCCCGUGUACGCGGGGCAGAACGACGGCCAGCGCUUUGACUUCUUCUCCAAGGCCGCCCUGGAGUUCCUGCUGCGCUCGGGGCGCCAGCCCGACAUCCUGCACUGCCACGACUGGUCCAGCGCGGAGGUGGCGCGCGCCUACUGGCAGGACUACCACCAGUUUGGGCUGUGGAAGCCCAACGUGGUGCUCACCAUCCACAAUAUGGACUUUGGCCAGAUCAAGCUGGGGGAGGCGGCCUACUACUCGCAGCGCUUCACCACCGUGUCGCCGUCGUACGCGUGGGAGAUUGGUGGCCACCCUGCCAUCGCGCCCAACGUCAGCAAGCUGCGUGGUGUGCGCAACGGCAUUGACAUCGACAUCUGGGACCCGGAGACGGACCAGUACCUUCCACGUGGAUUCACUGCCGACACUGUGGUGGAGGGCAAGAAGGCGGCACGGGAGGAGCUUCGCAAGAGGGUCAACCUGAGCGGCUGGGGCGACAAGCCGAUGGUGGGCGUGGUGUCGCGCCUCACCAAGCAAAAGGGCACCCAUCUGAUUGCGCACGCGUGCCAUCGCACCAUCGACCGCGGCGGCCAGUUUGUGCUGUUGGGCUCCGCGCCUGACCCCAAGGUCCAGGCAGAGUUCCAGGCGCUGAAGGACUCGUUUGGCGGCCAGGACGCCGCGUUCUGCUUUGCGUUUGACGAGCCGCUGAGCCACCUCAUCUAUGCAGCAUGCGACAUCAUUGUGGUGCCGUCCAUGUUUGAGCCAUGUGGCCUCACACAGAUGAUUGCCAUGCGCUAUGGCGCCGUUCCUGUGGUGCGCCAGACUGGCGGCUUGCGAGAUACAGUGUUUGAUGUGGACAACGACAAGCCACGGGCGGCAUGGGAGAUGGAGGGCAGCACCGACUGGCAGGCUGAUCGUGUGGACGCCACCAACGGAUUCAGCUUCGAGGGCACCGACCCCGACGCACUGGACUAUGCGCUGAACCGCGCCAUGGAUGCCUACUACAACGACCGGCAGUGGUUCCACGGCUUGCAGAAGCGUGUGAUGGAGCAGGACUGGAGCUGGAACAAGCCGGCGCACGAUUACAUUGAGCUGUACUAUGCUGCACUCAAGUAG